CGGCUAUCUAGGCUUUUCAUAUGACGAUCAUGAGUGUAACGUUUAAAGAUAAAGUUGUAGUUAUUACAGGAGCUGGUGGUGGAUUGGGUAGAACCUACUCGCUACUCUUCGCAAAGAGAGGUGCGAAAGUCGUAGUGAACGACGUAUCAAUAAAAGCAGCCCAAGCUGUCGUUGAUGAGAUAAAGAAGAAUGGCGGUCAAGCGGUCGCAGACGCAAAUUCUGUCACUGAGGGCGCUAAAGUUAUCAGCACGGCCGUCAGCGUGUUCGGCACCGUCCAUAUUCUUAUUAAUAACGCCGGCAUCCUAAGGGAUCGCUCAUUUGCGAAGAUGUCUGACGAAGAAUGGGACCAAGUCGUCGCUAUUCACCUGAAAGGCUCUUACUCUUGCACGAAAGCUGCAUGGCCGAUAUUCAGAAAUCAGAAAUUCGGCCGUAUCAUUAAUACAGCCUCAGCUGCAGGUCUUUAUGGUAACAGAGGCCAAGCAAAUUACAGCGCUGCCAAGAUGGGCUUGACUGCCUUCUCAAAGACCUUAGCCAUUGAAGGCGCAAAGUAUAACAUCCGAGCAAAUACUAUCGUACCGAUGGCCAAGAGUGCAAUGACUGAAACAGUCCUUCCUGCUGACAUACUUGAAAAUUUGUUGCCAGAAGCUGUCGCACCUUUCGUCGCCUUCUUGUGCGCACCAGAUGAGGCUGGCUCACCAGAAGCAGGUCCUAUCACUGGAAGAGUAUUCGAACUCGGCGCUGGUUACUGCACAGAACUUCGCUGGGAGCGUGCAAAAGGCCAAAUCUUCAAGCCUGAUGAGAGCUUUACACCAUCGGCAGUCAAAGCCCAAUGGCACAACGUCACCGACUUCGGUCAAGGCAGUGAAUACCCCCAGAAAGUCUCAGAUUCCCAUGGUAAGAUUGAGGAAGUAACCAAGUUAGCACCAAAGUUGCCAGCAAACAAGCAAUCAGAUCCUGAAGUACGUUUCGACAAACAAACAGUAAUCGUCACCGGUAGUGGUGCAGGUCUUGGCCGCAUCUAUGCUCUUAUGUUCGCAAACUUGGGAGCAAACGUCGUUAUAAAUGACGUCUCAGAGAAAGCUGCCUUGGGUGUGGUUGACGAAGUCAAGAAAGCUGGUAAAGGUAAUGCAAUCGCUGUCAUCGGUAGUGCAGAAGAAGGUGAAAGACUUGUCAACGAAGCUAUCAAGGCGUUCGGUCGUGUUGAUGCCUUAGUUGCCAAUGCAGGUAUUUUGCGCGACAAGAGCUUUGCUGGUAUGAGCGAUGCUGAGUGGGAUGCUGUCGUUGCUGUCCACCUCAGGGGUACCUACAAGUGUAUCAAGGCUGUCUUCCCUGUCUUCCAGAAACAAGGUUAUGGUCGUAUUGUCACUACUGCUUCCGGUGUAUCUCUCCAUGGUAACUUUGGACAAGCUAAUUACUCAUCCGCUAAGGCUGCCAUUAUCGGCUUAACUCGUACUGUUGCGAUCGAAGGAGAGAAAUACGGUAUACUUGCGAACUCCAUCGUUCCUACAGCUGGAACUGCGAUGACUGCGACCGUUUGGCCCGAGGAGAUGGUCAAAAUCUUCAAGCCGGACUACGUCGCUCCAAUUGUCGGAUAUCUCGUUUCUAAAGAUAAUGAGGAUACAGGCAAAUUAAUUGAAGUUGCUGCAGGAUGGGCAGCGGCAGUACGCUACCAGAGAGCAGGUGGUCAUCGUUACGAUGGCCCUAGAUACAGCCCAGAAGACGUAUCAAUCAACUGGAAGCGUAUCGCUGGCUUCGACGACGGUAGAGCACACUACCCGACAUCUACGGCUGACUCGCUUAUGAAGUUCCUUGAAAGCUCAAAAGAUGCGAAGCUAUAAAGAAAUAAAGAAUGUAUUACUAAAUCUUUUU